AUGCGCUCUCGCAUUACGGGAAAACUCGAGUUGGGCAGGGCCAGUCUGGUUAUCCGCUACGUGCAGCCGAUCGACGCUGGAGUCUACACCUGCCAUAUCAGCACGGAAUACGGAGAAGCCGACAGCCAGCCGGCUCGAUUGGGCUGCGAAGCGACGGGAACCAUCGACGGAGGCAGCCAGUUGCCAGGCGACAAGUCUCGUGGUGAGGAUGAAGUAAAGAACAUUGGAGGAUAA